AAUAUACAAGACAGCUCUAUAUUGUAAGAAGGGGUCUUGGUAUUAUCUGGGUGCUCCCCAUUUCAAGAUGGCAGCGAGCAGUAGCAGCAGUACGGCGGCCAGUAAAACCAGCAACAGCACCGGGGGGAAGCAGUCCGGCCCUUCGGCGGAGCAGGUGGUGGCUGCAUUUCAGCGAAUGCGACAAGAGCAGCGCAGCAUGGCUGCUAAGGCAGCCGAGCUGGAGAUGGAAAUUAACGAGCACAGCCUAGUGAUUGACACCCUGCGAGAGGUGGACCCUUCCCGGAAGUGCUUCCGCUUGGUAGGAGGAGUUCUGGUGGAGAGAACGGUGAAGGAAGUCCUGCCCGCGCUGGAAAGUAACAAAGAACAGAUAUCUAGGAUAGUGGAGUCGCUCAGCACACAGAUGCAGACCAAAGGGCGGGAACUGACGGAGUACCGGGAACGCUACAACAUCCGAUUGGUCGGAGAGGAAGACGGGCCGAGCAAAGCUGGGGCAGCGUCCAAUCGAGAGAGUGAAGGAGGCGGGGGAUCUAAAGGUGGAGCUGGUGUCCUGGUGUCAUAGAGGAAGAUCAUUUCAGGAAACGGGAUCCUCCAGAAUGCCAUAGAGUGAAAGUUGCCACGUACUUACUGUAUUUGUGUGUAGAGAAUUUUUGUUUAUUUGGCUUUUUUUUUCCUUUUCUUUUUGUUCUUUUUUGAGUUUAUGAAUAAAAACUGAAAAUUGUAAUCAAA